GCGUUAAAGAUUAUUAUAUUAUGUGAGAAGUGUAAUGUGACAUGAUGAUUUUUUCAAAUGUUAAAAUGUGAUUGUUUUUUUUUUUCAGAGUACAUAAACAGAACCACAAAGAACCAUCAGCGAAAUAUCUACAAGAAUAUAUCCAUAGAACAUCAAAGGACAGUCAGUGAAAUAUGUACAAUAGUACAUAAACAGAACCACAAAGAUCUAUCAGCAAACUGUCUACAAGAGUACAUAAAGAACAGUCAGAGAAAUAUCUAUAUAAGAUUAUAUCCACAGAACAUAAAGAACAAACAGCGAAAUAUCUACAAGAUAAUAUCCGUAGAAUCACAAAGAAUUCGACGAAAUAUUUACAACAUUAUGUAAAUAGAACCAUAAAGAACAGUCAGCGAAAUAUUUACAACAUUAGCCACCAAAAACUGAACCAAAAAUGUAGCAGUUUGGACUACUACUCGCAACACACUGUAUACCAGGUAGCGUAAAUAUGAAUACAUAAAUCAGCAAUAUUAUUUAAUAUAAUAUGAUUAAAUUUGAU